AGGAGGGGGUGGAGCGGGAGGGGGGAGCCACUUUCUUCCUGAGUUGAAAAACGCACCCCCCCUCCGCCCCCCCUUUUCCCCCAGGGGAGGAACCGUGGCUGAGGAGCCUGAGCAGAGCCGAGCCCAGCCGGACCGGGGUGAGUGCGUCCCAGACCCCGUCCCGGUACCGCCUCGGGGUGCAGCAGCUUCACCUGCCCGUGCCCCCCCGGAGCACCGCCGAUGAGUUGAGCCCCCAGCCACGCUCCCGUGGAAGGAUAUUUCAAAGAUGGUUUGGCUCCCACUGGGGCUUGGAGAUCUGAUGCCACAAUGAGGACUCACACACGAGGAGCCCCAAGUGUGUUUUUCAUAAACACAAUUUGCUUCGCCUUUGCCUUCGGAGCCAGGGAGAACUUGGAUGCAAUGGUUCCUUUUGUCAACGCCAACUACGACAGCUACCCCAUGCUCUACUUUUCCAAGGGGGAUGUGGAGAGCCUGCGUCUCCAGGCAGCCACCACGCACCGGCACAUUGCGGCUCGGCUGAUCGAGGCAGUGCAAACGAUGCUCUCCAAUCCCCUGGAGUACCUGCCUCCCUGGGACCCAAAGGAGUUCAGUGCUCGGUGGAAUGAAAUUUACGGCAACAAUCUCGGGGCCCUGGCGAUGUUCUGCGUGCUCUACCCAGACAACAUUGAGGCCAUUGGCAUGGCCAAGGAUUACAUGGAGAGGAUGGCAGCUCAGCCUAGUUGGCUAGUGAAGGAUGCCCCAUGGGAUGAGGUCCCUCUUGCUCACUCCUUAGUUGGCUUUGCCACAGCUUAUGACUUCUUGUACAGCUAUCUUAGCAAGACUCAACAGGAGAGAUUUCUUGAGGUAAUUGCCAAUGCCUCGGGAUAUAUGUACGAAACAUCAUACAGACGUGGAUGGGGUUUCCAGUACCUCCAUAACCACCAGCCUACCAACUGUGUGGCCCUGCUGGCUGGAAGCCUGGUUCUGAUGAAUCAAGGCUACCUUCAGGAAGCUUACCUGUGGACCAAGCAAGUGUUGGCAAUCAUGGAGAAGUCAGUGGUCCUGCUGCAGGAUGUCACAGAUGGCUCCCUCUACGAAGGGGUGGCUUAUGGCAGCUACACAACCAGAUCGUUGUUUCAGUACAUGUUUCUUGUCCAAAGGCACUUUGAUAUCAAUCACUUCAGCCACCCCUGGCUCAAGCAGCACUUUGCAUUUAUGUACAGGACUGUCUUGCCAGGGUUUCAGAGAACUGUGGCCAUUGCGGACUCCAACUACAACUGGUUCUAUGGGCCAGAGAGCCAGCUGGUGUUUCUAGACAAAUUUGUCAUGCGCAAUGGCAGCGGGAACUGGUUGGCAGAGCAGAUCAGAAGGAACCGGGUGGUGGAGGGCCCAGGGACUCCAUCCAAAGGGCAGAGGUGGUGCACUCUCCACACUGAAUUUCUCUGGUAUGAUGCAAGUUUGCACUCUGUACCUCCACCAGACUUUGGGGUUCCAAAGCUACAUUACUUUGAGGACUGGGGAGUGGUAACUUAUGGAAGUGCUUUGCCAGCUGAAAUCAACAGGCCUUUCCUUUCCUUCAAGUCAGGAAAGCUGGGAGGACGUGCAAUAUAUGAUAUUGUUCAUAAGAACAAGUACAAAGAGUGGAUCAAGGGAUGGAGGAACUUCAAUGCUGGUCAUGAACACCCGGACCAGAACUCCUUUACUUUUGCUCCCAAUGGUGUACCUUUCAUAACAGAAGCUCUGUAUGGGCCAAAAUAUACUUUUUUUAAUAAUGUGUUGAUGUUUUCCCCUGCUGUGUCCAAGAGCUGCUUCUCCCCAUGGGAAGGGCAGAUUACAGAGGACUGUUCUUCAAAGUGGCUCAAAUAUAAACAUGACUUGGCUGGUGACUGUCAGGGACGAGUGGUUGCUGCCAUGGAGAGAAGCGGAGUGGUUUUUAUCAGGGGAGAAGGAGUGGAUGCAUACAAUCCUAAACUGAAGCUGAGAAAAUUGCAAAGAAACCUUAUACUUCUCCAUCCUCAGCUUCUGUUGGUGGUGGACCAAAUCCACCUAGAAGAUGACAGUCCCCUAGAGGCAGCAACCAGUUUCUUCCACAAUGUGGAUGUGCCUUUUGAAGAAACAGUUGUUGAUGGGGUCCAUGGGGCAUUUAUUAGACACCGUGAUGGGAUAUAUAAGAUGUACUGGAUGGAUGAUACUGGCCACAGUGAGAAAGCUACCAUUGCCUCAAGGAUGUAUCCCCGGGGCUACCCUUACAAUGGAACAAACUACGUGAAUGUAACAACCAUCUUGCGGCACCCUGUCACGAGAGCCAUUUACCUGUUCAUUGGGCCCUCCGUUGAUGUGCAGAGCUUCACGGUCCGCGGAGAUUCUCAGCAGCUGGAUGUCUUUGUUACCACCAGUGAGCACGCUUAUGCCGUUUACCUGUGGACUGUUGAGGAAGGGCCCCGUUCUGCCUUUGCACAGGUUAUUGCAGACCGCCAGAAAAUUGUCUUUGACCGAGCCUCUGCCAUUAGGAGCUCUGCAGUGCCAGAAGUGAAGGACUAUGUAGGGAUUGUGGAGAGGAACCUGCAGCGUUUUAAGCCAGUUUUCCAGCAGCUGGAGAAGCAGAUACUAUCUCGUGUACAAAACACAGCUAGCUUUAGGAAGACUGCUGAGCGCCUGUUGAGGUUUUCAGAUAAAAGACAGACAGAGGAGGCCAUUGACAGAAUAUUUGCAAUCUCACAGAGGCAGCAGCAGCAGCAUGGCAGAGCAAAGAAAAAUAGAAAGGUAACCAAAGGCUACAAAUUUGUUGAUGCUGUUCCUGACAUUUUUGCACAAAUUGAGGUAAAUGAAAGAAAAGUGCGUCAAAAGGCACAGACUCAAGCACAAAAAGAGUUGCCUGUAGAUGAAGAUGAGGAAAUGAAAGAUCUUUUGGAUUUUGCAGAUAUCACUUAUGUGAAGCACAAAACUGGAGUGUCAAUCAAAGGCCGAUCAGGGCUGGCACAGAUGAUGACAACUGCUCGAAGCAGUGCCCCAUCAAUAUCGGCCUCUUACACCCGCCUCUUUCUCAUUCUCAACAUUGCUAUUUUUUUUGUCAUGUUAGCAAUGCAGCUCACAUAUUUUCAGAAGGCCAAGAGACUGCAUGGCCAAAGAUGUCUGUAUGCAAUACUUUUAGUAGACAGCUGUAUAUUAUUGUGGCUGUAUACUUCGUGUUCUCAGUCACAAUGUUAGCAGAAGAUCUCUAUUAGUCGACCAGUUUAUGGUCAUAUAUGUCUAUGCAAAAGCAUUAACCCUAAUAGGGCCAAAGUUCAAAGUUUUUUUUUUUUUUUUUUUUUUUUUUUUUUUUUUUUUCUCUGAAACAUUCCAAAAACAGCUAGGGAAAGAUUGGUUUCAGACCAGAAAGGAUUGACAAAUAAGGCAGGCAAAGAAUUUCUCAGAAAACUAAGUACUUAACGAGUAUUCUUCCUCUAAGUUUUGAGUUGAGCCUCACAUCUGUGGGAAUUUUAUGCUUUGUUCAUCAGAGUUCAGUAAUGUAAAGUUGUAAUUAAUUUUUGGUGAGAAGAGCCCUCUUAAGAGAUUUGUUUCUAAGGGCUUAAUUUUUAUACAGAAUUGGAUUUGCAUUUAGUGACUUAUCAUUCCAAGCUGCUAUGGAUGUCUGUGGACAUGCUCUUAAGAAAAGGACAUUUGAACGUAAGUAUACAGGGCAUAUCUUAGCAGUAGAUUUUACUUCCCUCUGCCAGACCAAAGAAUGCUUCAAUGUGGGACACUCCUGUAUAAUUAUUUCAGAGCCUUACAUCAUGUCAUUUCUUCCAUGCUUUACAAUCUGGCACAGUAGGAGAUGGGAAUCCUGUCAGUACUUACCAAGUGAGCAGCACAAUGCUUAGUAGGCAGUAGCAGAAAGCAAAUAAGGGGCUGGUUCAAAGUAUAAAGGAACACAAUUCUCAGGAAAACAAAAAAAAAAGAAAAAAAAAAAAGGCAUUUUUUUCUUUCAGUCAAGUUUAGACUGCAGAAAGAUGAAUGUUGUAGCGUCUGUCCUCAGUUUUACAAGGCAGGGUCUCAUAAAAGUUUUGCAGUUUGAAGUGCAUCUUAGGGAAAUAAUACCCUAUAUCUGUGCUCUUCCAUAUGCAAUUGUAAAAAUAAAAAAUAAAAAAUAAAAUAAUAAAAAAAAAACAAUCCUGUGGUAACCUCAGCAAUUGCCAGUAUGGAAAAAAGGGUAUUAAGGAAGUAUUUAAUGUCUUUUUUCUGUUCACAUGGCUAGAAACAGAGGAUAGUUAAAAUUGUGUACACUCCACAAUAAAGCACCAUCAAGAGUUCUGCAAGCUCUUGGUGGCCCUUGGGUCAAUUAUUUGGGGAUUAGUGGUAAAUGGAAUCAUGUGAUUUAUGACAAAAAUAAGUUUGACAUCUCUACAUAUGUUCCCUUCUGUUAAUUAAACUGAUUUCAAAAAAUCAUAGCCCUUUGAGAGAAAGGCAACUCUAUGGAAUUGGGGCAUAUCUGUAUGUCUUUACAGAAAAACAAUUCUUCCAGUAGAUUUGCUAAAUAAAAACAUUAUAAUUGUCUCUGUGGAAAAAA